AUGGGUAAUGCAAUUACUCUUUCUUGUUUAACAAGUGAUCAAGAAUCAUUUGUGAAGGUUGUUUAUUGGGAAGGAAACACAAAAACUCUAAAAGGAAAACGAUGGUUAGCUGGAGAGAUCAUGUUUGAUUAUCCCGAAUCCAUGGUUUGUGAUGCAGAUUGCUUCUUCAUUGGCCAUCCUAUUCCGUUUUUAACGAUUGGAGACCAUCUAAAGCCGGGAAAGACGUACUUCGUUCUCCCACUUGACAUCUUCUCAUCAAAGACCGUCUCAGCUUCUUCGGUAUCAGCAUUAAUUGCCUCCAUGCCGAAACGCACACAAUUCAACUUCAAAGAGUGUCCUUUCGAGUACAUAAAUGCAUCAAACGGGCGGGUUUUGAUCAAGCUAUCAACCGAGUUUAUGGCAAAAAUUCUAACUAUAAGAAAAGAAAAUCAUGAUGAUCAAGAAAAUGGAAGUACAAAUGGUAAUUCAUCAAAUGGUUCCUUGUGUAGUACCCCUGAGUUGAAAAAGCACUAUGAACAGUUAGUUGGAUCCAAAGAACAACAAUGGUCACCUAACCUCAAAACCAUCUUAGAGCAUAAUUAUAAAUUUAGGUAUUCUCCUUAUAGAUUGAUUAUGGGGCUGGAAUGGAAAAAGAAAGAGGGAAUUAGUGUGUGCUAA